AUGUCUGAUCCACAACCGGCAUUUGAGCGGGCAGGCACGGCGCCGGCCGCCCAGCAAAGUAACCCCCCCACCGCUAACCCCUCCCCGUCCGACACCGGCUUGCCGGAAUCACCCAUAAAGCAAACUCAGGGGUCUGCUGCUGGGAGGAGGUCCCACAAGAAGAGCCGCACUGGAUGUGCAAAGUGUAAGGCACGGAAGAUCAAGUGCGACGAGAGGCAUCCAGCAUGCCUCAACUGCAUCGCUCAUGGGGUGGAAUGCCCCUUUCUCAGGGGUAGCACGGCCAGUAGCAGUAGUGGUAACGCCAGCAAGUCCGCAAGUGCUCAUAUCCCCAGGGGUCGGUCAUCCAAGGCCAAGUCACAGUCACACUCACCCAUCCCUUCAACCAACAACCUUACCCCCAAUACUAGUACAGGUAGCAUCCCUACACCCCCUCCAACAUGUACAAGCAGCAGCACCGACUCCCCCCUCCCACUCCUCGAACUCGAACUCCUACACAACUACACAACCAAGACCUACUCCACCCUCACCGCCGACCCCGUGAUCUGGUCCUUUUGGCGCGACGACGUGGUGCAGCUGGGCCUGCGGAGCUGCGACUAUGUCAUGCGCGCCGUGCUGGCCGUCAGCGCGCUGCACCUGGCCUAUCACCAGGACCGGCCCGACCGCCGCGACUGGUACACGGCGCAGGGGAUAUUGCUGCAUCAGAAGGCCAGCCGGUCGGCGAUGAGGUGUAUGAUGCAGAUGGCGGUUGCGCGUAAUGGACAUGGGGAUGGGGAUGGGAAUGGUGAGGGGGGUGGGGGAAGGGAUGGGGAUGUGGAUGUGGGGAUGGACGGCGGCAUCAUGCCAGUGGACAAGGACGAGGCGGCGAGUUUGUUUGUGUUUAGCAUGCUGACUAUGUUUUUUGCCCUAGGCUCUCCGCGGCGCUCACAGCCCGACGGGUCCUUCUUCAUCGGCGAGUCGGGCUUUCCGGACUGGACCUUUCUGCUCAGCGGAGGGCGGUCGCUGCGGGACCAUGUUCUGGGAGAGCGCGGGAUGGAGACCGUGGUCGGGCCGUUCCUGGCCUACGGACACAAGCGGUACCAUGCCCGGCUCGGUGUGAGCAACAGAAACGACGGCCACGACGGGGAGUAUGGCGGGGACCACGACGGAGACAAGAUGGAUGAGGACCACGACGACAACGAAGUCAAAAACAAGUCCAGCACCACCACUACUCAGCAACAGAGAACCACCAGCAAGCGCAACCCCCGCCUCCUAACCGCACUCCGUGAACGCAUCACCUCAAGCGUAACCGACCCCGACCUCCUCUCACGCUACACGCACGCAAUCGACGAGCUAGAAGUUGAGCUCGAACUAGUCCUUCGCACCCCCUCCACCACCGCCACCACCACCACCACCACCACCAACACCAACACCAGCGACGUGCUCGACGCCAUGGUCUGGCUGUGGAUGGUGUCCGACUCACUAGUCCCACUGCUGCGCGGGACACCGACCCAAGAGGCCGUCGCCAUCUUCGCGCACUUCUGCGUGCUCCUCAAGCACCACGACAGCCACUGGUGGCUUCAGGGGUGGGGGGACCAUCUCAUGUCACGCGCGCUGGAGAUUUUGGAUGAGGAGCAUCGGGGUUGGUUGGAGUGGCCUAUCAAGGAGAUGGGGAGGACGCUGUGA